GUCAGACAGGGCCGAUAACUUUUAGGCCUUUUAAAUCCAACAAAAUUCCAACACCAAAGUCGCAUCUUCAUGAACAUCGGCCGGUGUUUACUCCAUAGAACUAUUAUUGUUCGCGCGAUCCGGUCCCUUCGACAACCACAAUCGAGGGAAGCUCAUUACACCCUCUCCAGUCCUAACAACCUCACUCGCGAUACCCAGUUCAGCCCUCGUCUAUCCGUCCUCCAGAGACGCGCCGUUGGUACUAUGGCGCCCGCCAACGGAAUAAAUCACCUUCUUUCGAAGCUAGACAACCUGACUCUCGAAUCUAUCGCCGAUAAAUACCCUGCGACGUACCCCGAAGUCAACCCUUUCGAUCUAUAUCGGGUACACAUUGCCGAAGUCCUCGCUCCUAUCACAAGUGUUGCGGCUGAGAAUAUCCGCCCUGUCCUCUCCUGGACAAAUGCUCUCGACAAGGGAGACUUCAUCUUACCUAUCCCCGCCCUCCGGAUAAAGGGCGCAAAGCCUGACGCGCUAGGAGCCGAAUGGGCAGCCAAAUUCCCCGAAGAUGAUCCUCUCUUUGAGAAGCCAGUCGCCACCGGUUCCUUCCUCUCCUUCUUCGCCAAAGGCGGACCCCUUACUCAGUCGCUCAUCCCCAUGAUCCGGGAGCUUGGCGCAGACUAUGGCCGGAAUCGCUUUCUUGGAUUAAAAGACCCUAAGAACCCGGGUGCAGGCAAGAAGCGCAUUGUUGUCGAAUUCAGCUCUCCCAACAUCGCCAAGCCAUUCCACGCCGGACAUCUCCGUUCUACCAUCAUCGGGAGCUUCUUAGCAAACCUAUACGAGGGCGCCGGCUGGGAUGUAGUCAGAAUCAACUACCUCGGUGAUUGGGGUAAACAAUACGGUCUCCUAGCUCUAGCCUACGAGAGAUACGGAGAUGAGGACGCACUAAAAAAGGACCCGAUCGAUCACCUGUUCCGUCUCUAUGUCCGCAUAAACGCUGAGAAGGAUGAAGAAUUAGCUACAAUCGAGGCGAAGAAGAAGGAAGGCCAAGACGUUACUGAACUCCUAUCCAAUAGUUUAGAUGAGCAAGCCCGAGGGUACUUCAGGAAGAUGACCGACCGGGACGAGAAGGCUCUGGCAUUGUGGCAGCGCUUCAGGGAUUUGAGUAUCGUCCGCUACAAGGCUACAUAUGCGAGACUUAACAUCAAAUUUGACGAAUACAGCGGUGAAAGUCAAGUUAGCGAGGAGGCUAUGGAGAAGGUGGCCAAGGAGAUGGCUGAGAAGGGCGUCACUCGAGAAGAUCAGGGUGCCGUCCUCGUCGACUUCACCCAGCUUCUACCAGGCAAAGAAGGUAAGCGCCUUGGUAAGGCCGUCAUCCGGAAAAGGGAUGGUACAGCUUUAUAUCUCACUCGAGAUAUUGCCGAACUCCUAGGUCGCUACGAGAAAUACAAGUUCGAUCACAUGAUCUAUGUUGUCGCAAGUCAGCAGGAUCUCCAUCUGCAGCAACUCUUCAAGAUCAUCGACCUACUGGGCUAUAAGGACAUCGCUGCUCGUUGCCAACAUAUCAACUUUGGAUUGGUACAGGGCAUGAGUACCCGGAAAGGCACCGUCAAGUUCCUAGACGACAUCCUUAGGGAUUGCGCCGAUCAUAUGCAUGAAGUCAUGCGGAAGAAUGAUGCCAAAUAUUCUCAGGUGGAAGAUCCAGAGGGCACCGCUGAUACCCUUGGCAUCAGCAGUGUAAUGACGCAGGAUAUGAGCGGCAAGAGGGGCAACAACUACACUUUUGAUCUGGCAGUGAUGACGUCGUUCGAAGGGGAUACUGGCCCCUAUUUGCAAUACGCACACACCCGCUUAUCAUCCAUCAGGCGCCGGGCCAAUGUGACUGACGAGGAGUUGGCCAAAGCCGAUUUGACCCUCCUUACCGAACCCCACGCUGUGAAUGUCGUCCGUCUACUGGCCCAAUGGCCUGAUGUGGCCCAGAAUACGCUGCGGACUCUCGAACCGACUACAGUCGUGACGUACCUUUUCAGGCUGACACAUGUCAUCAGCAGUAGCUACGACCAACUUCAGGUCGUGGGCAGUGAACCGGCUCUAAAGGCAGCCAGAAUGGCACUUUACGAUGCCGCCCAGAUAGUUGUCGGGAACUGCAUGCGCCUGCUUGGGUUGAGCCCGCUUCAGAGGAUGUGAAUGAAGGCAAUUGCGCCGAUCGGAUGUUGUCAUCCGACAUACCUUCACUACAAAGCGUACUCGUGCCCGUAUGC